CUUAACCUCUUAUAUUCAAUAUCAAACUUCUCUUCACCAUGGAUCCUUCCAAUCCUUCCCACGUAGCAAAAAUGUUCAUGGAAUUUAUGAAUGAUGAUACUGAUGAACAAAUUGUGAGGCUUUUGUAUGAAUAUCAAGCGCAAGAAGAAGCUGCAAGUUCCAGUAGGCCUAGGCGUCCAAGAAGAAAUAUAGAGAGGAAUCGUGAAGAGGGACAUAAUCGAUUAUUCAAUGAUUAUUUUUCAGAAGCUCCGGUGUACAAAGAUGAGCAGUUUCGUCGAAGGUACCAAAUGCAUAAACAUGUGUUCCUUCGUAUUGUUGAAGCUCUUGGUCAACAUGAUGAGUAUUUUCGGGCGACAGUUGACGCAACUGGUAGAUCAAGCCUUUCACCGCUACAAAAAUGCACUGUUGUUAUACGUAUGUUGGCAUAUGGAACAUCUGCUGAUAGCGUGGAUGAUUAUUUAAGAAUUGGUGAAACCACAACACUACAAUGCGUUGAUAAGUUUACAAGGGGUGUAAUCAACGUUUUUGGGGCACAAUAUUUACGAAGUCCAACAAAUGAAGACGUCGAACGCCUACUGCGGAUGGGGGAGGCACGUGGCUUUCCUGGUAUGUUAGAGAGCAUCGAUUGUAUGCAUUGGGAAUGGAAAAAUUGUCUGGUUGCAUUGAAAGGGCAAUAUGUUCGAGGUGAUCACGGUAAACCCACAGUUAUGCUGGAAGCAGUAGCUUCACAAGACUUAUGGAUUUGGCAUGCAUUCUUUGGAGUAGCGGGUUCAAACAACGAUAUCAAUGUGCUUAACCAAUCCAAUGUCUUCAACGAUGUUCUACAUGGGCGAGCUCCUGCGGUCCAUUAUAAGGUCAAUCGUACUGAGUACAACAUGUGUUAUUAUCUAUCGGAUGACAUUUAUCCUGAAUGGGCCACAUUUGUGAAAAGUAUCCCAAUGCCACAAGGUGAUAAGAGAAAAUUGUUUGCCCAACACCAAGAAGGCGCAAGAAAAGAUAUUGAACGAGCAUUUGGAGUUCUCCAGUCCCGAUUUGCGAUCAUACGUAACCCGGCUCGAUCUUGGCACUUGGAUGCACUUAAGCGUAUAAUGGAUACAUGCAUCAUACUACACAACAUGAUUGUUGAAGAUGAACGCGCCACAUACGGUGGCAAUUUUGAUUAUUCUUAUGAUAAACUACAAGGCAAUGACUCGAGUGCACCACCGAAUAAUUCUAAUAUUGAUUUUCAAGAGUUCAUGCGUAGAAGAUUUGAUGUUCGUGAUAAGCAAAUUCAUCGACAACUUCAACAAGACUUGAUAGAACAUAUAUGGGAACGUUUUGGGCACGACAACAACAAUUGAAAAACAUUUUAAAUCUAUCUUUUUUCAUGUAUUUUAUUUUUAUGUUUAUGAAUUUCUUUUAAUGUAU